AUGACAGGUACUCUAAACCUAGCUUCCACCCCUGCGUAUGUGCUAUUUGAUUCUGGCACAUCACACUCCUUUGUCUCUAGUAUCUUUGCAAGUAGAAUGAACAUAACUCCAAGAAAUAUAGGGCACAAGUUUGCAGUGAGCACCCAAGCCAGAAGUGUAAUAAGUUUGAAAGAGGUAUUUGAUGCUUGCCCCAUAGAAAUUUGUGGGCGGAACUUGAUGGCACGUUUGAUCAAGUUUGACAUGAAGGACUUUAAUGUAAUCCUAGGAAUGGAUUGGUUGUUCGCUCACGGAGAAAGUGUCAUGUGUGUGGAAAGAAAGAUCAUGUUUAAGCCUAAGGAAGGAGAUGAAUUUACCUAUAAAAGUGAACUAGUGAGGAAGCCAAAGAAGGUGACGAUAUCCGCACUCCAAGCGAAGAAGUUAUUAGAUGAUGGGUGCCAGGGGUAUCUAGCCACAGUUAUGGAUACAGAAGCAAAGGUAAGGCCAUUAGAAGUGUUGGAUGUAGUUCCGGAAUUUCCUGAUGUAUUUCUCGAAGACUUGACUCAACUGCCACCAGAGCGAGAAAUAGGAUUUGCAAUAGAUCUGGUCCCUGGAGCAGCCCCGAUGUCUAAAGCACCGUAUCGCAUGGCUCCAAUAGAGUUGAAGGAAUUACAAAUUCACUUGCAAGACCUAUUAAAGAAAGGGUUUAUUCAGUCUAGUGUGUCGCCUUGGUGA